UUCCCCUUCCUCGCAUUGGGUUUCCUCUUGACGACGGAAACUUGUUCCGUCCUACAUUUUCCUCUUGAUGGGGGCAGGGCCCAUGGCCCCAGAUAACUUCAUGACACCAUUUUCAAAGAUUAAUUAUAUGGUUAUGAGCAUUUUCGUUAGUACCAUCUAUAAAGUCAGCAGCAGUCUGAGGAGAAUUCAAAUCAUGAAACUCGGAAUAGAGACGGGCUUUCUAGGCAUUAAUUGAUGAUAUAUGCAUGAGUUUAACUGUUGAAGGAUUCUCUCUAAGAAUACAAAUAGUUGCCUUCUAAGUUAUGAAGGGAGUUGUAGGAGCAUUUGAUACUCCCAGCUUUGGACUAGAGGUUUCUGUAGAAGAGAGGAUGCCGAGUGUGAAUUGCCGUUCUUCCUCCUCUUCUUGCCGCUCUCCUUCUCUCCCAGGUUUCGCAAAUAUUCGUGAGAAUGGACUGCCUGGAAGCAUGCUAAAUAUGUCACCCGGAAUGUCAUCCUAUUUUUGUCCUCUUGUGCAGUCAGAGCGAUCAUUACCUGACCAGGCUUCUUCCCUGUGUUGGGAUUACAACGAGGCAGUGGGUCGUUCAAACUCUAUUCCCUUUGACGGCACUCCAACUCCAAAGUCUUCUUCAGAAUUGAGGGAGGAGAUUGCUACACUCGAAGUUGAUAUUAUGCAUUUGGAGCGUCAUAUUCUUUCACUCUAUCGGACAGCUUUUGAAGGGCAUCAAUCCUCAGAUACGCCUGAACCCCAUUUACAAUACAAGAUAGGAUCAUCACCCAAAAUUUUAUCAAAUCAAUCACAUCAAAAUAUGGAGCCAACUGUGUCCAAAGAUGGUUUAGUCCAUCAUGAGAAAAUGUCCCCUGCACAUGGUUGGGUCAGUUCAGAUAAUCAGAGUUGUGCUGCAAGUCUAAAUUCAAAAUCUCGAAGGGGCUGGAAAAAAGCUGAUUCUGGUCAUCGCUGCCUAGCAUAUCACCUUGCUGCUUCUUGCCUUGAUAACAGCUUUAACUCUCCGGAUAGACUUUCUGAAGAUAUUGUGAGAUGCAUAUCUUCUAUAUACUGCAAACUUGCGAACCGCCCUCCUAACCAUUUAGGCUUGCCGGCUUCUCCAAUUUCAUCCUUGUCCUCCUCGACUAUGUGUUCCUCUAAGAACCCCUGUGAUAGUUGGAGUCCACAUGGUAAUGAGGAUAAAGAAGAUGUUGGACCAUAUGCUGCAAUGGUAGAAGUGCUGAACAUAUGUUUGGAUGAUGAUAGUUACAAUUUUACUGUUAAAAUGCUACAAAAUUUCAGGUCAUUGGUUCGAUGUCUUGAGAUGACUGACCCGAGAAGGAUGAAACGUGAGGAGAAGCUUGCUUUCUGGAUCAAUAUUCAUAAUGCCUUAGUGAUGCAUGCAUAUUUGGCGUAUGGGAUUGGCAAUCGUGUAAAAUGUACCUCCAUUUUGAAGGCUGCAUACAAUGUGGGUGGGCAUUGCAUUAAUGCCCAUGACAUACAAAGCUCCAUUUUAAGAAUUCGAUCACACCACUCAGCCUCGUGGCUGCAAUCGCUGUUUUAUCCAGGAAGAAAACUCAAGACUGGAAGCAUGAGACAUGUAUAUUCCUUGGAAUAUCCUGAGCCGCUCGUUCAUUUUGCGCUAUGUUCAGGGACAUACUCUGACCCAGCGGUUCGAGCCUACACAGCAAAGAAUAUAUUUCAGGAUCUCAGACUUGCUAAAGAAAAUUACAUUCAAGCAAGUGUUCGUAUCCACAAGCAAACCAAGAUAUUCCUGCCAAAAAUCCUUCACUACUUUGCGAAAGAUAUGUCACUAAGCAUAAAUGUCCUCUUAGAGACAGUAAGUGAGAAUCUGUCAGAAGUUCAACAGAAGGCUAUCAAAAAAUGCAUGGAGGGAGGAAGGCUUGAUAAAUGCAUCCAUUGGCUACCACAGAGUUCAACAUUUCGGUACGUGAUCCAUGGAGAAUUAGCCAAAGCAACAACAACAUCCUGAUCGGUCCUUACCCCGUAUGUACGUUAAAUUAAAAAACAUUCUAAUAAAUUUGAUGUACCGUCCUCUUUCGUAAAAAAAAAAAUCAGAUAAGGAUUUGUUUUUCUUUUGAACAAGCAAGCGUAAGAUGUUAAGCUGUACAGAAGAAAUUAGAAUGAGAAAACUACAGAACUCUCGCCUUCAACUUCUUUAUACAUAAAA